CCAUCCAACACGAGGAGAUCCGAAAUUACCAGCGAUGCCGUACAACAACACCCCCAUAACUCCCUCGAAGGAGAUCACUGGCACGACCGCCCUACCACUUGCCCGCGUAAAAAAGAUCAUCGCCGUCGACGACGACAUUGGUCAAGUCUCCAACAAUGCCGCCUUUGUCAUCACCGUCGCCACGGAGAUGUUCCUGCAACAUCUCGUCGAGCAGGCCUACAAUAUCGUCAAGUCCGAACGCAAACCGCGGCGCAACCUCCAGUAUCGGGAUGUAGCCAACGCAGUAGCCCGUGUAGAGAACCUCGAGUUCUUGACAGACGUAGUACCGAAAAGUAUGACCUACAAACAAGCCCAGCAGCGGCAACAGCGUCAGCAGCUGGAGCCCGGUCAAGCGCAAUUGGACGUGACCACGGACGAAACGUACAAGCCGAUACUGGAGAAGUAUGCACAGGUGGAGCGGGAGCAGGAGGAGAAGGUGAAUCAGAUCAUGGAAGAGCAGUUUGGGCCGCGGAGGAAGGAGCCAGAGCCGGAACCGCAGGCGACGAAUGGAGCGAAUGCUGAUGCUGGUGCCGGUGCGAGUAAUGGGCAUGAGGAUAUGGAUCUGGAUGAGGAGUAUAGUGACGACCUGGGAGAUGUGUCAGGGGAAGGCGAUGGAGAGGAGGUACCCGAGGAAAUUCGGUGGAAACGUGGGGACGAUGAUGAGGAUGAGGAUGAUGAUGACGAAGAUGAAGACGAAGACGAGAAGAUGGAAUGAGCGGGCUUUCUUCGUGGUACACUGCAAGGCGCAAUGCGGGUUGUACAUACGGUGUGUUUUCGAGUGCGGAAUUGCUCGCAGCGACACAAAGGUACAGCAAACUCGAAGCUGUGUUGGCGGCUCAUGCGGAUUUGCCGAACAAGUUCAUUUCUGGCUCACCAUCGACCGCUGACGACGACGACGAUGCCGAAAGUUGCAGCCCACCUGGCGUUAAUAGCGGAAUCAAGCAGUUUCUGUUCGGUACGCUACGAUCCACCUUCCCGGGUGCGCUCGAGCGGACUCAAGCCAUGGAAACG